AUGGGCUCGAUUGGAUACAAGACGGCAGACGAACAAUAUGCGCAUCCUCUGAUCUCGGAAAGAGCCAUCGACGAACACCGGCCCCUGAAAGUCAUCUACGUGGGAGCUGGGGUGUCAGGGAUCUGUGCAGCCAUUCAAUUCCCCAAAUAUGUACCGACCAUCGAGCUUGCCAUCUAUGAGAAGAAUGCCGAUGUUGGCGGGACGUGGUUCGAGAAUAGGUAUCCAGGUUGCGCGUGCGAUAUCCCUGCCCAUUCCUACCAGUUGAGUUUCGAGUCCGACGUGACUUGGAGCAAGUUCUAUGCAGGGGCUCCCGAGAUCCUUGAGUACUGGAGACGCGUGGUGGACAAGUACGGGGCGAAGAAGUACAUGAACUUCGGGCAUAAAUGUGUCGAGGCGCGGUGGAACGACGAGACGUCGAAAUGGCACGUCAAAUUCCGCAAACUGGAUACCGACGAGAUCGUAGAGGAUGUCGGGGACGUGUUCAUGACUGGGGUCGGCGCGCUGAAUGAAUGGAACUGGCCAGAUAUCAAAGGCCUGCACGACUUCAAGGGCAAGUUGAUGCACAGCGCCGAUUGGGAUAGCAGUUUUGAUGCCACGGGCAAGCAAAUUGCCGUCAUCGGGGCUGGCAGCAGCGGCAUCCAGAUCGUGCCGAAUCUGCAACCAAAGGUCCAAUCCAUGGAUUACUAUGUACGCGGACGCACAUGGAUUGCAGCGACAUUCGGCAACGAGCUGGUACGCGCGCGCAACAACGGACAGGACGGCAACUUCGAGUACACGGCCGAAGAACAGGAGGCGUGGAAGAAGGAUCCUGAGUUAUAUAUCAAGUACCGCAAGGGUUUGGAGGUCGGGAUGCAGGGGACAUUUGCCCUGACGCACCGAGGCAGCAAAGAGCACGAAGAGGCAUGGAAGGCAUUCCGACAAGACAUGCAGACGCGACUGGGCAAGAAGAAGGAAAUCGCCAAGACCCUGAUCCCGGACUUCCCUCCUCUCUGCAAACGCCUGACUCCCGGCCCAGGAUACCUGGAGGCGCUGGUGGCGGAGAACGUCGACGUGAUCCCGACGCCGAUCGACCACGUCGACGAAACAGGCAUCACCACUUCCGACGGGACACACCGACGUGUCGACGCCAUCGUGUGCGCGACGGGCUUCGACACGUCGUUCCAAGGAAGAUUCCCUAUCUACGGCCGCGGAGGGACCAAUCUGCAGGAACGCUACAAGGUGCGGCCGGAGACGUAUCUGAGCGUCACCACCGACCGGUUCCCCAACUUCUUCCAGUCCCUGGGGCCGAACGCCGGCGUGGGCAAUGGCAAUUUGCUGAUCAUCAUCGAAGCCGUCGCUUUGUAUGUGGCGCAGAUCCUGCAGCGGCUGGCGCGGGCCAAUGUCAAGACCAUCGAGCCCAAGAGGACCCAGGUCGAGAACUUCACCAACUACUGCGACGCCUUCUUCAAGCGCACUGUCUUCUCCGCUGAGUGUGGAAGUUGGUAUAAGGCGUCGCCGCCCGAUGCCGGUCCCGAAGAACGCAAAAGAGGGCGCGUGACGGCCUUGUGGCCCGGUAGUAGUAUCCACGCUGUCAGGGCAUUGGAGAAGGUCCGGUUCGACGAUUUCGACAUGACCGCGCUCGAUGGGAAUGAGUUUGGCUGGUUUGGCGAUGGCUGGGCCGUGGCUGAGAGGACGGGCGACGUGCAGGGCUUGACGUGGUAUCUCGACGAUACUGGGUUCACGCAUGAGCCGCUGGACAAGGGGGAGACGCUGGUCGUCAAUGAGGAUAAAGUGGUCAGGCAUGGCGAGGAGGAUGGGGUCAAGAAGGGGCAGGUUGUCACGGAAUAUCGAGUUCCUGAUGGAAUUGUUGCGACGUGA